GCGGGAAACCAAAAUGGCGAGAGUGUUGUGUGAGAUGGAGCAGUUUCUGAAAUUUUAGCGAACUGCUCCUUGUCGAAAGACAGGGGUAUCGCUGUUGAAAACAAGGCACCGAAAAAUCUGUUUGUUCUUUUGGGCAUCCGAGGACUUCGAUGUAAUUCCUCUCUUUUUUUCCUGUAUGAAGCGGAUUAUCUAGCUGCAGUGACCGAAUGAGAGACACUACGGCAGUGAGGAAUUUAGGUGUCCAGAAAAAAUCACAGUUUCAAAACUCUGUUAAGAGACCAUUGUCUUUAUCUUCAUUGUCACCAAAAGAUGGACAGAAGACAAAAAAACUUGCACGCAAAUUUGAAGAAGGUCAAGAUGUCCUAGCCAGAUGGUCAGAUGGCUUGUUCUAUCUUGGAACUAUCACAAAGAUAAACAAACACAAACAUAGCUGUUUUGUUGUCUUUGAAGACAGUUCAAAAUCCUGGGUUCUCUGGAAGGACAUUCAAACUGGAGCCAGUGGUGGAGGGGAGAUGGUCUGUACAAUAUGUCAGGAGGAAAACUCGGAGUCGCCAAAUGAGAUUGUUAUCUGUGAUAAGUGUGGACAAGGAUAUCACCAGACAUGCCAUGCACCAACCAUUGAUGCAACUGUGAUUGCAUCAGAUGAGAAGUGGCUUUGUCGCCAGUGUGUGUUUGCAACAACUACAAAGAGAGGUGGUGCUUUAAAAAAAGGACCGAAUGCAAAAGCUCUACAAGUCAUGAAGCAAUCGCUGCCAUACAAACUGGAGGAAUUGGUCUGGGAUGAAGGCCACAAAACAAACAUCCAACAGUGUUACUGUUAUUGUGGAGGUCCUGGAGAUUGGUAUCUGAAGAUGCUUCAGUGCAGUAGAUGUAAGCAGUGGUUUCAUGAAGCAUGUAUACAAUGUUUCCUGAAGCCAAUGCUUUAUGGUGACAGGUUCUAUAUAUUUAUUUGUUCUGUUUGCAAUUCUGGACCUGAGUACCUCAAACGCUUACCUCUGAGAUGGGUAGAUAUAGCACACUUGAGCCUUUACAAUCUAAGUGUUAUUCAUAAGAAGAAAUAUUUUGAUUCGGAGUUGGAGCUGAUGACAUACAUCAAUGAAAACUGGGACAGACUACAACUUGGUGAACUUGGAGACACUCCAAAAUGUGAAAGAUAUGAGAAUAUCCUUGAGGCACUGAAUAAAAACAAAACCAUGUUUAUGUCUGGAAAAGAAAUAAAGAAAAAGAAGCAUUUAUUUGGUUUAAGAAUUAGAUUUCCUCCAGCUCCUCAGUCAACAGAUUCAAAAGCAGAAAGAGAGCUUGAGAAGGCAUCUCAUGAAAUCAAGAUCAAAGGAAGAAAAUCUUCAAAACCAAUACCAGAAACAUGUGAAAUUUCGAAUGGAGUUGGAAGGAAAGGAAAAAGAAAACAUGUUGGUCGCUCACAUGAGAGACUUGCUAAAGUAAAGCGUUCUUCUCAGCCAACUAACCAGGAGCUUGAUAAACCACCGGUGUUGGAAAAUAACAACCUUGACCUCCCUACUUCCAAAAGCAGCAGCAAAAGUGAAAAAUCAACCCAGUCUUCAAGUACCUCAGAUGUGGAAUCAACCGGUGCUGCAAGUACCACUGAAACUACCUCAACAAGUAUUUCAAGACCAUCAAGUUUGUGCAGUGCUAGAAGAAGAACACGGACUGGGAGAUUAUGGCCAAUCACUAACCCUCCUCUAAGAAGGGUGAGAAGACGAGGAAGGCGCCCUAGAAGGGUUUUCCAGGCAUCUAAUCCUGAUGUUCCCAGGGAAGAUGAGCCAAAGGGAGAUUGCCAAUUUCCAGGACUAAACAACAAUAUUAACAGUUUUGAUCAAGAGAUGCAGCUUAAUCAUCUUAAAAAUUCAAUUACUAAUUAUUUUGGUGCAGCAGGAAGAAUGGCUUGUGGGGAAAAAUAUCGAGUGUUGGCUCGUCGCGUGACUCUUGAUGGUAAGGUGCAGUACCUUGUAGAGUGGGAAGGUGUUACAGCAUCAUGAGUAUUGGGUUGUGUUGCUUUCACUACUUUUUAUCAUUCUGCAGGGAAACUUGUGUUCAACAAGGAUUCUUGUGUGGUGUAAUGUUUUUAAGUCUCUUAUUUUAUUUUUUUUGGUGCCCCUUUAUUUUAUAAUUGGAAGUUUUGUGCUAUUGCUCGCUUGCUCGCUUCCUCUGAAUUUUGAGGUACAUCUUAAUUCUGUCUGUCUCUCUCUAGUGUAAAAUUGUUCUUGCACAAUGGAAGUUUAAAAAAGGCUAGUGUCUGUAUUGAUUUUGUUAUAAACUGUGGCCAGUAUUCUUUUCUGUCAUCUUAAUGUAGAGUAUUUGUGACAACCUUCAUCCUGAAAAAAAAACUUAUCAUUUUUAUUUGUGAAAGGUUGUUAAUUUGAAAUCUAGAUAAUACAUAAAUAUUUGGUUGCAUGUUAUACUUUUUUUUUUCCUUCCCACUGAGUAUCUGUGAAUAACUCACUGUAUAUGUCAUUUUGGGGCAUCCGUCUAAACUAGUAAUAGAUGCCAUAACUCUAGGUAUGUUUAAGUUGUUGGAUAUAUGUUUGCUCUGAAAUCAUUAUUUUAAAAUGCUUCCUAAUGCAAGUUAUAAUUUAACAAAAUGUUCUUUAAAUUUUCAAUUUCUAAUUUACUAAGAACUGCUCAAUUGAUUUUAAGCAGUAGCAUUGGCAAGCAAAGUUCCUAAUUUGUCAGUUUUGCACAGAUUCACACAGGAUUCUAUGAUACAACAGGAAGACUGAAGUGGCCAGAUAUUCUAUUAAGAUUGGGUAGUAUUUACUAAAGUAUUUCUUACACAGUAAGAAUUUUUAAUUGUGGAAAACAAUAUACAUUACCAUGGAAUUGCUGUAGUUGGACAUUGUCGUUUAUGAUUUUGAGUGAGUGCAUUGUAUCAAAUGUAAUUUUCAGAAUGAAAGAUAUUUUCUCACAGACUUAACCUUUCAAAAUGUUUAAUUUUUAUUUGACUAGACUUUAAUGUCUUAAUGUAUAUCCUUGCUUGUUUGUACGUUAGUACUCUGUUUCCUAUGCAAUUGAAAAUGUUGAAACUUAAAUGGGGCAAAGCAUAAAGAUUUAGCCAUAAUCUUCCUUAAGGAGGAGUUUGCAAUAUUUUACAGGUAACUUCUACUCAGGCUGUAAUUCCUGGUGCUAUUGAUUGCAAUUGUGCAUUAUGAACGACUCUCGUAAUGAAUGAUCUGUCCCAUAUAUGCAGACAUAAUAGAACUCUCAGGAUUUCAUUAUUAUCACUGUCACAUAUUUUCAAAACUUGCUAAUGAAUAACUUGGUAUCAUCUGUUUUUCUUCUUCUUUUUUUGUUUCUCCUUUGAUUGCUUUAUAUAGCCCUAGGUUUCAGCCAGUAUGGUAUUACCACUGAAGCACCACUGGUUAGCAACCACUUCUCAAGUAAUAGGAUGACUUCUGAAGCUUAAUUUAAAAACAAAACAAAAAAUGACUUGUAUAUACUCAUUGUUGCCAUACCAUUUCAUUAGACAUGUCUGUGUAGAAGGUCUUGUAUUAAAUGCACAGGGUUUUGAAUAUUUACUUUUCCUCUUGAGACAGCAGUGCUGUAAAUUAACAUUAAUACCUCUGUUUGUUUUUAUAUAAACUAUCAAUGAAUUUGUUUUUAUAUACCUGUAAAGAACUCAUGUCUGUUAUUGUGCCAGUGUUAGACUUGAGCUUUUUUAUUUUCUACUGGCUUUGAACAGGCUUUUUUAGGCCAAAGAAUAAAAACAAAAAUAUACAAA